GAUUAUGAAUUGUCAAAAAAGCAAACAAUUGUUGAUCAAAUAAAAUAAUAUGAAUAAAGGAGUGUCCAAUAAAAAUGUAAUCGUGAGCACUAAUGAAUCACAUGCUAAAAGUACUUUUACCUUAACAUUUGUUUUAGAGAUACUCGGUCUGGAUGUUUGGCAUGAUUGCAAUGAAGGCUGGAUUGAUUUGGGGACCUGCUACCAGGGGAUAAAGAUACAAUAUCAAUUAUACCCAGGGCAGAUUUACGAUGUGGAUAUUUUGAUCUGGCCUCACGUUAUUAAGAUUUGGUGUGGAAUGCAAUAUGGAUGGGUUCGAACGUGGCAGUUUUUGGAGAGACGCUGGUUUGCCUUUUCCAUACGCCAUGCCUUUCCUGUCAGAGUUAUGGAUUUCCAGAACUUCGUAGCUACAGUUACACCUACGUUUGGUUUCGGGGCACUCAGUGCAAAUGCAAAGAAUGACAAAAAUUUGGAAGUUUAUCUACCUGAAUUGAAGUUUGGUGAGCGAAGAUAUUUUGGUACUAUCAUUGAAAAAGAGGAGAGUGUAGAAUCAUUUAUUCAACACAUUAUAUGGAGUUCUGUGGUUGAAUUUAUACCGCAGUCUUAUUUGGAUGGGGCAUUUGAUUGCCCCAAUAUCGUGUCAGAUAUCAGACAUCAAGAUGCUGUGAUAUCAAAAGUUCAAGAAACAAUUCUAAGUAGAAUUAUGUCUGAGGAAGAAAUAGAACCUGAACCUGAGGAAGCGUUCAAGCCAAGAGAUAGACGAGAAUCUAAAUUUCCAAAAGAAAAGAAGAAAGUUCUGGAAGCCCCAAAAAUAAAGUUUGAAAUAAACCUUACUGGUGACGUUAUAUUGGCCGGAGUUGGGAGGAUAACGCAAUUUGAAACUAUCGGUGACCGACCAGCGGAACUCGGGGAAAUAAUAGUGUUAAUAAGCAGUACUAAUCUUCCCGCUCAUGAUGAUUUACCAAUUGUAUUCGUGAAUGUGGAAACAUUGAGCGAUAUACCUUUGGAGGCAUUAAAAAAAGCUAGGAUAUCUCAAUUAUAUACACGAUGGAAAAUUGGGGACGAAGUACACGAUUCUGCUAUACGACAAAUUAAAACAAAGAAGCAAGUAAAUUUUAACGACCGCCAUGCUAUCCCGUUAGAACACUGCAUAGCACCACAUGUGACGUCAUCAUUUUUGGAUAAUCUAUUUGAAAUUGAGUUACGAGGAAUACUCCAAACCUCUAACAGCAAUUAUAGCAAUACAAAGUUUUUUAAUCAAGAUACUGUAUCAAGAACACCAAUCAACGAUGUGCAUGAUGCAUGUAUUGCAAUAACAAAAAUCGAUGCAAGUUCCUUGUCUAAGGGAAUUAAUCGUUUGGUGCGAGGAGAAUUUUCGUUAUUCCCUCUCGACAGAAGGGUAAUUAGCCUAGAACGCGAAGGUAUCUGUACAAAUGAUAUAAAUGGCAUCCGAAAGCCUUUGAAGCCUGAUAUAAUCGUUCAGCCCUCUAUCAUUUUACAAGCACAAAUGACGUUAGAGGUCUCGAUAGGUUUUGUUGGAUGUAGGCCAAAGGAAUUAUGCCUAAGUUUAUCGAGAUUAUAUUGUUUUGUUGACGAUUCAAAUACCGUCAUAGCUUUGCUUCGUAAAAUAACUGAGAUCAACGAUGAAAUAUUGGCCAGUUCGGAAAGGGAUAAUUUAUUAACGGGGUUUGUAUUAGAUACAGGGGAUAAGGUUAUUUUUUAUGUGGAAGGAAGGCGGCACGGUCCUAUUUUACAAAUCUGGCAUAUGGCGGAAGACUUUUAUUCUUCUAUGAAAACUCUGUUUUCAUCUUCAUAUAUUUAUGCGACACGCUUGUAUCCUAAUAUGCUUAUAUCACCUAUGCCAUUCUCCAUAUUAAAAAUGUAUGCACCUUUGUCGGUAUUACUGGCAUGUUCUCCAGUUUAUGUGCGUCCUACAUUACCUUUACCAGCUCGUUCUGCAAUGCUAAAGUUCGGUCGUUUACUAGCGAAUAAAUUACGUUCGACACCAUGCCGUAAUGAGAUGCCAUCUCCCGAUGAGUUAUCCAGUUUUAGAUUGGAACUGUGCUCGCCACCGCGACCCGGGUGCACCUUCCGAGAUGAUAUUAAUUUGGUACCAAAUCCAUCACAAUCCCGGAGUGCAAUACUUGAAAAUAUUUUUAAAAAAGGUCCCAGCAAAAAUUGUAUCAAAUAAUGAAAAACUGUUACAAAAUAAACACGAUUACUUUCAAAGAGAUCUCUUUCAUUAAAUAAUAAUUACAGUUUUAAUAGGCUCUUUUGGAUACGCGAAAUUAAA